AUGGCACCUCUGGCUGUCAAGAUCAAGCACGCAGGGAAGGUGCACGACGUGCAGCUCGACCCCGAUCAAGCUCCCACCGUCUUCAAAGAUGCCAUUUACCGGGUUACGGGUGUGCCACCCGAUCGCAUGAAAGUCAUGAUCAAGGGCGGGGUAUUGAGAGACGAUACGGACUGGAGAAAAGUCGCACCCAAAGAGGGACAAACAUUCAUGGUGAUCGGUGCCGCAGGAGAGUUGCCAAAACCGCCGUCGACACCAAUCGUUUUCCUCGAAGAUAUGGAUGAGUCCGAGCUGGCAGAAGCGCUAGCACUUCCGAUUGGUCUGAAGAACUUGGGUAACACUUGCUACAUGAAUGCCACCCUCCAAGCAAUGCGUGCCAUCCCUGAGCUACAAACGGCGCUCCAAAUCUCCGCUCCCCCAGGCGUCCCUUCUUCCUUACGCGCACUAUACGCCGAGAUGUCCCGCACGACCGAGAGCGUCAUACCUGAGGCUUUCCUGCUGACACUCCGGGAUGCCUUCCCGCAAUUCGCUGAACGGAUGAGCGGCGGCCCGAAGUUUGUUGGUCGGACGAUUGUGGACUACGCUCAGCAAGAUGCGGAGGAGUGCUGGACUCAACUGACCCAGUCGCUGAGGGACGUGCCUGGUAUAACUGGACCCUCGAGCUCGGCGGCCGCGAAGUUCGUAGAUCAAUUUAUGACCGUCGAGAUGGUUCGCGAAUUGAAGUGUGACGAAGCGCCGGAAGAGCCUGCCUCGGUCACGACGGAGAAAGUACUCAAGCUCUCAUGUAACAUCACCGCUGCGACGAACUUCAUGUACCAGGGCAUCAAGGAUGCAUUGGACGGGAAGAUCGAGAAAACCUCGCCGUCGCUUGGCCGCGAAGCGGUGUACUCCUCAAAAUCGCGCCUCUCGCGCUUGCCUGCAUACCUCACCGUGCACAUGGUGCGCUUCGCCUGGCGGCGGGACAUCAGCAAGAAGACCAAAAUCAUGCGUCGAGUCAAGUUCCCGACGGAGUUUGAUGUGCUCGACCUCGUGACGGACGACCUGAAGGCGAAGCUCCUCCCGGUGAGCACGAAGCUCAAGGAGAUCGAGAAGGAGCGUGCAGAGCGUGGCAAGGUGCGCAAGCGUUCCAAGGUUCCGAAGCCUGCCGCCGCGGUAAAGGACGCGGACGUCGAGAUGGCGGACGCAGGCGCGUCGUCGAGCGCCCCGAGCGCGCCCGCUACUGAAGCGCCCGUGCAGGCUGAGGCUGGCGAUAGUGAGGACAAGGGCAAGGGCAUGGCGGUCGAGCUGGAGGAGGAGUCUGUGUAUCGGGAGCGCGAGGUGAAGGUGCUUGAUGAGCUUGUGCACCCGGACUUCAAGGCCGACAUGGGCUGCAGCGCGUGCGGGCUGUAUGAGCUUGUUGCUAUCGUCACACACAAAGGUGCCGCUGCCGACGCCGGCCAUUACAUGGGCUUCGUGAAGAAGAGCGCCCUGCAGACAGGCGUGUCCGACGACGACGAAGACUGGUACAAGUUCGACGACGACAAGGUGUCGAUCUUCCCGAGGGAGAAGCUCAGUACGAUCGACGGAGGCGGAGAGGACUCGUCGGCGUACGUGCUGCUAUAUAAGACCAGGUCUUUGGCAUGA